GCGCGAGGCCCUGCUUCCGCCUUCCGCUGCGGCGCGCGCUCCGCUCUCAGCGGACUCGGGAUCAUGGCGGCCACGGCCACGAUGGCGACUUCGGGCUCGGCGCGGAAGCGGCUGCUCAAAGAGGAAGACAUGACCAAAGUGGAAUUCGAGACCAGCGAGGAGGUGGACGUGACGCCCACGUUCGACACCAUGGGCCUGCGGGAGGACCUACUGCGCGGCAUCUACGCCUACGGUUUUGAGAAACCGUCGGCCAUCCAGCAGCGAGCCAUCAAGCAGAUAAUUAAAGGCAGAGACGUCAUUGCUCAAUCGCAGUCUGGUACAGGCAAAACUGCCACCUUCAGCAUUUCUGUCCUCCAGUGUUUGGAUAUCCAGGUUCGCGAAACUCAGGCUUUGAUCUUGGCUCCAACAAGAGAGUUAGCUGUACAGAUCCAGAAGGUGAGCCGAUGGGAGGUGGUGCCGUGUUCGCGAGUGCUGCUUCUAGUACAGCUGUAAAAGGCUGACCGGUUG